UCCCGGAUGACUAGCUAAGUCACCAGGAACUGGACGAGCAGUGUAUUCAGCAGCACCACCAUCACCUUCGCAUCAUUACACGUCCUCAACCGUGGAUGAAUCGCCGAAUUUGUAUUGUAUGUAGCGGUCAGUGUCCCCGUUUCCUCCCGCUGGACUUAUUUUUGCCCUCUAUUCCCACGUUUGGUCGCCAGGGGGGCUACCAUCGGUUCCUCCUCGGUCCUCGCUGGAAUAUGGUGGUGGCUUGUGGCCAAGACGAGGACAAGGCAGCCCGGGGACGUCGAACGGAGUCUUUUUAAAUCCUUAUUUCGCGAGUAUACUAUCAACCGUCACGUUUGGAAUUUGCUGUGUGGCCUCAAAACGUUGACGGCGAACCUCCCCUAUUAGCGGGUUUUUGGUUGGCGCGGGUGGCACAACGCGGUAAUUUGGCAUCCGAAGUUGCCCUCAACUUUUGGAGGGGAUAAAAGAUGGCGACAUUGGAGGAGACAUCAAGUGCAGUCUGAUGGGACUGUUCGACCUCCUUCGUCACGUUUAGUCGCCUUUCCACCCCCGUUUCUUUGCUUGGAUCACUACAGUGUUGUUAAUAUGGAUAUUCGCAGCCAAGCGUCGCCAGCUGGGGAAUAACUCCCACCGCCACCGGUGAUGACGACGAUGAUGACCGAGGAAAGCGAUGGUUUCCCCUCGUCGAUAUUUUGAGUAGUCGCCGGCAGUUCAUUACAUGGAGACUCGCCUGACAUGCCGAGGACGGAGUUGCCACUACCCGACGGUUGGGAGGAAGCCCGAGACUUUGACGGCAAAGUCUACUACAUCGACCACAUCAACCAGAGCACCAGCUGGAUCGAUCCUAGAGACAGGCAGACGAAGCCUCUGACGUUCGCCGAUUGCAUCGGAGAUGAGCUGCCAGUCGGUUGGGAGGAGGUGUUCGACCCUGUGGUCGGGGCGUACUAUGUCGACCACAACACGAAGAGCACCCAGCUGGAGGACCCGCGAGCCCAGUGGCAGCGGGAGCAGGAGGCCAUGUUGCGGGAGUACCUGGCCGUGGCCCGAGACGCCCUCAGCGCCCAGAAGGAGAUCUACCAGGUGAAGGAGCAGAGGCUCCGUCUCGCACAGCAGGAGUACCUCCAGCUCAACAACACCUGGCGGGACAAGUCCACGUCGCAGACUAGUUUGAAUUCCAGAACAUCCACCUCCAGCAAGUAUGACCCUGAUAUCCUCAAAGCUGAAAUAGCUACAGCCAAAAGUCGGGUCAACAAGCUGAAGCGAGACCUGGCCUGUAUGAAGCAGGAGCUGCAGUACAAAGAACAAGGCUUCGAGACCCUCAAAGAGAUUGACCAGAAGGUGUCCAACAACCCGUAUGGCUUCAAGCUGCAGGAAGCGCAGGCCAUCCUCAGCGAGGUGCGCUCCAUCCGAGACGCCAUCAGCACUGGCGAGAAGGAAAAACAAGACCUCAUGCAGAAACUGGCGGUUCUGAAGGAUGCUUUCCAACUGGACUCGGGCUCGCAGCAGGAUCUGUGGGGCAGCAGUCCCUCGCUGGCCAACUCGGAGCUGUCCAUCCCGCGACUCUACUCUGACGCCGGAUCCCAGACCGACAUCCCCGCCGAGUUUGUGAACAACUCCAACAAACUGGCGGAGAAAGUUCGUCUCAGUCUCAAGUACGAGGAGGCCAGGCGGCGGAUCGCCACCAUCGAGGUGCAGAUCGCCAAGCUGGACAGCGAGGCUUGGCCGGGCCUGCUGGACCCGGAGCGCGACCGCCUCAUCCUCAUCAAUGAGAAGGAGGAGCUGCUGAAGGAGCUGCAGUACGUGCGGCCGCGCCAGCGCCUGGAGCCCAACGACGCUCAGAAGCUGGAGACGGAGAAGAAGCGCCUGGAGAGAGACCUACAAGCCGCCAGGGACAACCAGAGCAAGGCUCUGACCGAAAGGCUUCGACUUCACUGCAGGAGGAACAAGCUGGUUCGGGAGCUGGAGGAGUUGGUUCGACUGGCCACGUCGUUGGAGACUCAGCUCAAAAGCCUGUCCGCUAGCACGCUCUCGUGUUCGUCCGGCAGCAGCCGAGGCUCGCUGACGUCAAGCCGCGGCUCGCUGGCCACCAACUCCAGCUUGGGUUCCACCUCCUCCCUCAGUUUCACCGACAUUUACCUGGAGCAGCCGGAGCUAGCCGACCCGGACUUCCAGAACAAGCUGGACAGCCUCCUGCAGGAGGGCAGCCAGGCGGGCUACCGGCCCUCCAACUCCAUCACCACUAUACACGAACACGAAGUGGUGACGGGCGCCGACGGGAGGGACGCUGAAAGGCCCAAAGGCCAAACGCCGGGACUGGGUGGAGAUUUUGACAAAAGUGUGGGAGGAGUUGCGGCAGUGGAUGUGGGAGCAUCCAGGAUUCAAGCACUCAGACUCUCCGAGACUCCUCACUCCAUGAGCUCUUUGUCGCCGCGCUCGUCGCUUUCCUCGCUCUCCCCGCCCUGCUCGCCGCUUGUCACGGACUCUACCUUCCUGUCCGGGGAGCCCUUCGGCGGCCAAGCCGGGCCUGGCGGGGUGAGCCUGGAUCUGGAACUUCAGAGCAGACUAGCGGAGCUGGACCUCAGGCUGGACUCCCAGGAGCAGCGGCAGGGGGAGCACGGCGCCCCCGUUGGGCUGGAAGAGAAGCAGACACGCCAUGGCAUGCUGGCUGAGGAGGUGAAAGCUCCAGAGUUGCAAGUGACGUCCUUCGCAGCGGUGCCAAAGAAAAUGGGCGUGAUCUCGGCUGUGUCCGACGAAUCUGUGGCCGGGGACAGCGGCGUGUAUGAGCCCUCCGAGCGCAGGCCAGGCCUCCCCGCCGACCUCCUCCUGUCCUCCUACGAGGAGAGGCUGCCUCUGGGCUGCGCUCAGGUGCAGCUCGGCUUCCGCUACGAGCCGCGAGACCAGCGCUUCAGCGUCUCCGUCGUGCAGCUGACCAACUGUAGCGCCCUCUGUCUUCCAGCUGACCAGAAAAUGCACGUUCGUGUGGCGGUGCUCCCCUGCGUAGAGACGACCCGCUGCCUGUUCCGAACCUGCGGCUGCCUCCCGCAGGAAGUCGUGGACUUCAACGAGAUUUUCGGUGUGCAGCUGUCCCACAGUGCACUGCGGAGGAGGACGCUGAGGGUGGACGUGUGCCACACCGACAAGUUGGGCCACGAACAAUGCCUGGCGGGAGCCCAGAUCAGCCUGGCUGACAUCAGCUGUUCGGAGGAGAGAAGAACCAAGUGGUACAACCUGCUGAGUCAUGCUUUCCUGCCCGUUGCCAGCAGCGCGGACAAGGACAGCGGCGCCACCUGUGGCUUGGACGUGACCGGAGCUUCCUGCGGCGACGGAGUUUCGGGUACCGAGGAAGCGUGGCACGGCGACCUUCUGGAGGUGUAUGACGACGAGGAAGAGCUCUGCGCUGUGGGGUCAGAGCCUCUGGAGGAAGGAGACCUGUUUUACGCCGAUGGCGGCCAAUGGGAGGCAGAGAACGAGCAGCAAGAAGAAGAAGAAGAAGAGGAGGAGGAGAGGGAGACCAAAUUGCCCCCUCUCACCGCCAUUAAAUUAAAGGUGAACAAGGAGACGAGUAUGGACGGCUUAUCGUCAUCGGGUCACCACUCGGUGGUCCGGCCCAAGGAACGGCGUGCCGACCUCCCCCAGCGGCACGCCUUCAUGCGGGGCAACGCCAUCAUCCGCUCCAAGACCUUCUCACCGGGACCGCAGAGCCAGUACAUCUGCAGGAUCUACCGCAGUGACAGCGACAGCUCCACGCUCUCCAAGAAGUCUCCGUUUGUGCGGAACGCCUCCGAGAGACGCAGCAUGCGCAUGAAGAAGCCUCCCUUGCCGGUGAAAGGUCUGGACGGCCUGCUGCGCACCUCUUUGGACCUGGAGCUGGACCUGCAGGUGUCCCGCACCCGCCAGUCGCGCCUGGAUCAGGAGCUGCACGUGUUGCGCAAGCUGAAGGCGCAGCUGGAGACGGCGCGGCAGCAGGGCCGGCGCGAGCUGCCCGCCUGGGUCCGAGAAGACGAACGCUUCCGCCUCCUCCUCAAGCACGCCGAGAAACAGACUCAGGAGGAGCAGUUGCAGGAGAAGCGGGUGGAGAAGAUGAUGAGGGCGGCAGCGAAGGAUGUCCACAAGAUCAGAGGCCGCAGUCGCAAGGAGGUGCCCGAGGUGCAGACCUUCAGAGAGAAAAUGGCGUUCUUUACGCGAGCCAAGACCACCAUCCCGGACCUGCCGGCCGAUGACGUCUAGCCAAGCAUUUCAAGAGUCUUAACCCUCUUCCUCCGCGACUCCUCACUCACGCAAGUCAAGUCAAAGCGGUUAGAUGAAGAAUUUGACAAUGUCGUCGACGCAAAACUAACAGUACCUUGACCACUCAGCAUUGUUAGCUUUUUUUUUUUUUUUUUUUAAUAAGUUUAGCGAUGACAUUGCUCGAGUUUUCCUUUUUUUUUUCUCUCUCCCUUGUUUUGUCUAUUUCUGUUACUAACGCCUUUCAAAUCAUUCCAGCACGAACAAGAGCACAAAUAUCUAAUCUCAUAACACCAACGGUACUGAAGCAACAAAAGAUGGUAAAAAUCCUCGUUUGAAAUGAUGUACAUUGCCUUCGAGCUCUUUCGAUUCCACUUGAACUGGAAGCGAUCCUUGUGAUCCCAGCAUGCAUUGCAACAACUCAUCACACACCCUUCCUUGAAAGAUGAACAUUUCUCUCAAAACAUUGACUCAUUUCAUCUACAUCAGCAACAGGAAAUAUUUUAAUGCUCAAAAGAAUCGAGCUGUUUGUAUCCUAUCUACAGCACUGAUGUUUUUUUUUUUUUAAAUGUUCUUAUUUGAAUGGGUCAAAAACAAACACUCUCACACUCAGGUAGGAAAUUAGUCUGCACUUUAAACAGAAUGAUUUUAACCGUAAAGAGACACAAAAGAAAUUGUCACGCUGGAAUGAUUAUUGAAACUUUAAAAUCCUUUUUUUUUUUUUUUUUUUUUUUUUUUAAUGACUGUGAAAAUCAUGAUUGUAUUUUUUGAGCCGGCGAGCACCAGCCAAAUGGGAGCACACCAGCACCUUGCUCUUCAUUCUGAUUCGCUGUUUGAUUGAACUUGUUGAAACUUGGAUGACGUAACCGUUUUUCGCGUCUAUAACUGGAUUUUUUUUGACGCUUAAAGAGCCAACCACAAAUGAUCUUUGUUUAUUAAUUGCUGGGUUGCAAAGGGGUAGAAUUUUUUAUCCCCUCCCCCUUCAAAGUAAUAGAACGCUCUACUGUCAGUUACGUUCAAAUUUACGGUUAUUAAAAAAAAAAAAAAUAGCCACAUAAAGAGGAACGAACAGGAAGGUGUGUGUGAAGCAAUAUGUAUUCCAGAUGUGUCCAUGCAUUUUUGUGUAUGUGUCUCUCUUUUUUUUUUUUUUUUUUUAAUUGGCUCGUGUGAGAGAGAUGGAAUGUUCAGAAUCAUGUUUAGGGUCUGUUUUUCUUCUGCUGGACUUAGUCAAGAUGGAGGUAAGGUGAGCAAAAUUGUCAGGGUAAUUCAAGAAGAACAGCUGAACUUGAUUUGGGUGUCAGGAGUGCGCCGACUCCCAUUUACGUGAGUUUGAAUGUGAUCAGUCAAACAGCAACGUCCUAGUUUUAGGUGGGUGUGUGCACUUGUGCAACCACAUGAUCCCAGUUAUUUUUACUUCGCCUCUUGAAAGAUUUAAAAAAAAAAAAAGUGUUCUAGGUUGCAUGAACAAUGGGAAAAGUUUUGAAGUGAUUUCUCUUGGUCUCUUUUUUUUUUUUUUAAUAUCCCCAAAAUCUGGCCUUUAAACAGAGGUGGGUCGACUUUUGUCAAAUUCACAAGUGAUGAGAGAUAAUGAAAGGUAAAUAUUUUUUUGGGGGAAAAAAAAAAAUCCAAAAGCUGGAAUGUGUGUUUGUUUUUCCUCAAUGUGAACACUUUUGGCAAGAGAAUCUCAAUGUUGUUUCUUUUUACAUGCAGAUGAAGGAAUGUAGUUUUUUCCACACACAUGAAUGUCAAGAGAGAAAAAACAUGUUGAUGUCACAAGUGAUCUUUUUUAAUAUAGUUAAGAGCACCCCAUUAUAUCUGAUUUUGUUAAGAUGAUGAGGAUGUGCAUGUGUAUGAGUGAGUGUGAGGAGGAAAACAACCAGCAUGUAUUUAUUGCACUUUGUGAUUUGGGUGUGCUUUUUUCUGUUUUUUUUCUUUCUUUUUCUUUACUUCCUCUUUCUCGUCAGGAGUCCCGAAAAGCUGUGAAUUGAAUUCUCAGACACUGUACUGUCGACCAGAGUUGUAAAUAUUUCACCAGCACAAAAAAAAAAUAAAAAUAAAAACACACAGUAUGUUUUGUAGUUUCACAACAAAUAAAACCUUAUCCUUU